AUGCCGGACGAGUUAGCACCGCCCCGCAAGAGUGUAGAGCUGGAAGACCCUGGCGCGAAAGAGCUGGCCGAGUCCAGCGACGAACACUUCUCUGAUGCCUCAGAAGGCCAGCCCGGACGGUCUGAGAUGGUCUCGCCCAUUCCCAUCACGCGAGUUGAGCGAGUAGACGACGAGCCGGCCCACGGCGAGGUGCCAGGUACAGACGCAUACAACAUGCGCACCCAAGACGCAGUACCCGACGAGGUUGAGAUUGUACCCGACGGCACGCGAAGUCGUAGUACGUCUCGCGUUAGCACAAGUGAUAGGCCUCUUACACCAGGAGGAACGCCAGUGCCCAAGACAAUCGUCGAGAAGAUCGAUCCCGACCAGCCCAGCUACGGCGAUGUUCCCGGUACACUUGCCCACCAGCAGCGUCUUGCCGAUGCUACGCCUGAUGUAAUUGUCAGAGCACCAGAGCCUCCACAGCGCAGCAACCCAGUAAGCCCGAGCGACGACGCAACCGAAUCUGUGCCGGAAGCCGAUGCCUCCGCUGAGCAAGAUGACGGCUUUGGCGAGGACGACGGUGACGACGAUGGUUUUGGCGACUUCGACGACUUUGAACAAGGCGAAGAGGGUGACGAUGAUUUUGGGGACUUUGACGAUGGGUUUCAGCAAGGCGAGGACGAUGCAGAGACAUCGUUUGAUAAGCCCCCAGAACAGCCUCCUGUACCUGUCCCCUCGCCAGGUCCUCCCGUCUUAGACUUUGAUCAACUCACAUCACUUGAAGAAAUCGUCACAGCAACACAGCCCUACUUAGAUGACAUGUACCCUGCACACGACGACAUACCCACAAUAUCCACCAAUAUCGAGGAGACCCGAUCCAUCUUCCUCUCAGAACGCAGCCACUCGUUAUGGACGCAAUUAGUCGCACCGCCUCCACUGCAGCCCCCUGAUUGGGUUCGCUCACGUAUACGGCGGUUGUUCCUGGUCUCACUAGGUGUUCCAGUUGAUCUUGACGAAAUCCUUCCCGCCUCGAAACAAAAGAAACUCAUUCUCCCUUCGAUACACAUACCCGGCGAUCGCUCCCCUCGCCCCUCUUCAGACGGUCGGAAUAAUGGUGGGCCAUUAGGACGAAUCAAGCGCGAGAACGAAUCUUCUACUUCAGUCGACUCAUCAAGUUCGAAACCAGAGCGAAAACGCAAGGGACCACCACCUCCUCCAGAGCUGGACAUCAGCAGUACGAUGCAACUAUGCGCGACGACGGAUGCAGCGCUCCAAGGGCUGACGGAUGAUGAGCUGAAGAUGCACAUUGAUCAUUUGAAGGGACUGCAAGAAAGAGCAAAAGAGGUAUUUGAAUAUUGGCAGAAGCGACUGGAGAGCGCACUCGGAGAUAAGGACGCAUUUGAGCAAGUUAUCGAGAGCCUGGUUGCGCAUGCUAAGAAGCUUAGGUAG